AGGCUCCCAGGGUCCGCGCAGAAAACUCCAGCAGGCAGGUAUUGCAGCUGGGUGUGGUGCUACUGACUGGCCUACAUCCUACUAUGUGGCAGUAACAUGUUCCCGGCGUUGGAAACAGAGCUAAAGCAGGAGCAUGUUUGGUACUUUUUGUUAAGAAUUCGGUGUCAUCUGGAUGAAAUGUUCUGCUUGAGAAUGGAUUUUCUUUCACAGAUGCUUCCUGAUCCCUAUGAGGAUUUUAUGCAACAUCACCUCCAGUAUUAUGGAUAUUUCAAAGCUCAGAAAAGCAGCCUGCCAGAUUCAGCCGCUCAUCAGCGUGUCUGGAGGAGCAGCCCUCGGUACACGUUGAACGGCUCUUUUGGAGAAAGAGAUGAUUUCAUCUCGGACAGCUUGGAAAAAGAGAUGCUUCUAUGGCCUACCUGUUUAUCUUCAACUGGGCAUGCUCAGAUAGAUGCUGUAAACAGAGACCCACUUCUGCUGGGCUCACCACUCCUUAGGAACAGGCAGCUUCUUUAUGACGAGCUGGAUGAAGUAAACCCACGGUUUCGAGAACCUCGAGAACUCUUCUCAUGUUUCUCUAGCAGAGGGCCGAUGCAGGCUCCAAGAUGGCCGAUAGAAUGUGAGGUCAUCAAGGAAAACAUUCAUCACAUUGAGUGGGUUCCACUUCAACCAGAAUAUUUCUACCAACCCACAGGAAACGAAAAGGUGCCAGAGAUUGUGGGAGAAGAGCAGGGUACAGUUGUGUACCAGCUGGAUUCAGUGCCUACAGAAGGUACCUUUUUCACCAGUUCCAGAAUAGGAGGCAAACGAGGAAUCAUCAAGGAAGUUGCUGUUACACUGCAAGGGCCGGAAGAUAACACUCUACUGUUCGAAUCAAGGUUUGAGAGUGGGAAUCUGCAGAAAGCCGUCAGAGUAGGUAUCUAUGAGUAUGAACUCACCUUGCGAACUGACCUCUACACUGACAAGCACACGCAGUGGUUUUACUUCAGGGUUCAGAACACCAGAAAAGAUGUUACCUAUCGCUUCACGAUCGUCAACUUGCUGAAACCCAAGAGUCUUUACGCAGUAGGGAUGAAGCCUCUCAUGUACUCUCAGUUGGACGCCACCAUCUAUAACAUCGGCUGGAGGAGAGAGGGCCGUGAGAUCAAGUACUAUAAGAACAACAUGGACGAUGGGCAGCAGCCCUUAUACUGUCUCACCUGGACCAUUCAGUUUCCUCAUGACCAGGACACUUGCUUCUUUGCACACUUUUACCCAUACACUUACACAGACUUGCAAUGCUAUCUCUUGUCAGUAGCAAACAACCCCAUCCAGUCUCAGUUCUGCAAGCUCCGAGCCUUAUGCAGGAGCUUAGCAGGGAACACUGUCUACCUGCUUACCAUCACCAAUCCAUCCAGGACCCCUCAAGAGGCAGCUGCUAAGAAAGCGGUGGUGUUGAGCGCCCGAGUCCACCCUGGAGAAAGUAACAGCUCCUGGAUCAUGAACGGCUUUUUGGACUUCAUCCUUAGCAACUCUCCAGACGCCCAGCUCCUCAGGGAUAUCUUUGUCUUCAAGGUGAUUCCCAUGUUAAAUCCAGACGGCGUGAUAGUGGGGAAUUAUCGGUGUUCGUUGGCUGGAAGGGACCUGAACCGGCAUUAUAAAACUGUUCUCAAGGAUUCCUUCCCUUGCAUUUGGUACACAAAGAACAUGAUCAAAAGACUUCUGGAAGAAAGAGAGGUUCUCUUGUACUGUGAUUUCCAUGGGCACAGCCGCAAGAACAACAUCUUCCUGUAUGGCUGUCACAGCAACAACCGCAAGAACUGGCUUCACGAGCGGGUCUUUCCUUUAAUGUUGAGCAAGAAUGCACCAGACAAGUUCUCUUUCGACAGCUGUAACUUUAAGGUUCAAAAAUGCAAAGAAGGAACAGGAAGAGUCGUGAUGUGGCGGAUGGGCAUCGUCAACAGCUACACCAUGGAGUCCACCUUUGGCGGGUCUACCCUGGGUAGUAAAAGAGAUACUCACUUUACCAUUGAGGACCUGAAGUCCCUAGGUUAUCAUGUCUGUGACACUAUUCUGGAUUUCUGUGAUCCUGACCAAACCAAGUACACUCAGUGUCUCCAAGAGCUUAAGGAGCUCCUACAACAGGAAAUCCACAAAAAAUUGAAUAACUUUGGACAAGAUGUGGAUUUAGAAGGAAACUGGAGUGACAUUCCUUUGUCUGACAUUGAAUCCAGCACUAGUGGCUCGGACAGCUCCCUCUCGGAUGGCCCUCCUAUUCGUCUACUGAACAUAGCAGAUGAGCUGAAUCAGAAGAUGGUGUUAAAGAAUCCAAAAAAGAAGAGACUUCAGACUAGAAAACAGCGGAAUGAGCAGUACCAGAAGAAUUACUUGAUGCGGGAGUUAAAGUUAACAGAAAAUGCCCCAGGAAGGGCAAGAUUUGCUUCUACUCUGCAAAAGCAGCCUACUUUUUUGAAAAGUCCAGAGAAUUCUAGCCCUUCAAUAAGGAGAAGUGAAAAGCCGAGGCUCAAUGAGACACAGUUAAGUGGAAGAGAGAAAGGCACCUCCCUGGAUCCACCACUGACCAGCCCUAAGAAUAAAGAAAUAAUUCAGAGUAAGAAGCCAGGCUUUACAGCAUCAUGCUCUCCAAAGAGAAGCACAAACUCCAGCCUAGGGCCAGCUCCAGAUGUGAAGCCAAACUGGUCUAAGACUAGAUACUCUGCUGCAAGGAAGGACCAUGCCGCCAUGAUGGUGUACCCAUCCUUGCAUAUAUACACAUACCCCUAGAUGGCGUGCUUUUGUUGUGACGCGCAGCUGCUUCCUCCAAAGGUUUUGGGUAGUUUUGUUGGUUUGUUUUGUAUGCAAUGCUGGGGACCAACCUAGGGCACUGAGCAUACUAGGCAAGUGCCUUACCGUUGUGCUGUGUCUCUAGCUCUCUUGAAAAGGUUGUGGGUUACACACAUUUUAUAAAGGGGAAAUCUAUUAAUAAAAUGGAAGCUCUAUUUGCAGUGUACUGUGUUGUACACUCACCACACACUGACUUGCACUCUGGACUUCCACUGUGCACUCUCCUUAGACGCAUGCCUUGUUACCUCAUGAAUUUGGUAGUUUUUUUUCCUUAGAUGAGAUUAUAUUUUGAUGUAUAGAAAAGCCUUUAUUAAAAGCCUGUACUCAUAAAAAGACAGAAUAGUAUAUAUACCUCAUUUUAACCAAUAGAUGUUUUCUCUAAAGUUAGAUGCAAAUCAGUUUUAAAAGAUCAAGCUGUUUUAAAUGUGUUUUGGGAAUGUGCCAUAUGAAAAAGUCUUGUGUCGAAGUUUUCAAAUGGUGACUGACUAACCAGUCAGACUGUGGUUAUAUUAGGUUUGUUCAAGAUAAGGUAUUCCUACAUAGAAAAAAAAAACAAUUACAUGUAUUACUUAGAAUUUAAUGUUGCUUAUAUUAUGUUCAACAAGGUUGUGUAAAUUUUUAACUCAAUGAUUAAAAUUCUUUCUCUCUAGUUACU